AUGAAUAUGUUGGAUGAUGAAGAUGACCAAAGCUUUCACGCUACGCGUGACGGCUACUCCCAUUUGAGCGAUGUCGAAUGGGAUGCGGUUGAACGAAUGGGUUCAACCAUGGGCAUCCAUGCUGUUAGCGUCAUGCUAGAGGCUCUCAAUAGAGAUGCCCAACAUGCUACUAUCGCCAAGUUCAUUCAAAAUGAACUUGACGCAGAACGCGAGAAAGUAGCCUUGCUUCACCAACAAGGUUCUCAACAAGCAGAGUUGUUGAGAGAACAAGGUGAUCAACAGUUUGAACUGUUGAGACAGCAGCAGGCUGCUGCUGGCGGGUCGAUGCACUCGCGUCGACCCGAGACUUUGAAGAUUGACAUCUCAAAGUAUAGGGGGGUCGAAGAAGACUCUCUCUUGAGAUGGUUCGUCGAAUUGGGUGACGCCAUAAGGGCGCGUCGCAUCGACAACGGGGAUGUGCAAGUUGCAUUUGCCCAGUCAAAUCUGGCAGGAUGUGCCAAGCCUUGGGCACUGGGGCUCAAGUUGCACGACCCAUAUGCGUUUGGGUCGUUGGAAGUCUUCAAGUCGCGGCUCAGACAAACGUUUGUACCGCCUGGAGCUGAGUUCAGAGCUCGAACCGAACUCUUGAAGCUCAAACAGGGUAAUCGUGAUGUUCACGCUUAG